AACCUAAUUAUAAUAAUAUAAAAAUGUAGAUUAUGCUAAACACUCCCUUUGCACAUGCAUGCAACUCACUCAAGCUUCACUAAUCUUGCCAACCCCUUCACGAGAGUUACGUGGCCCCCCGCCCCCUUAAUCUUACCCCCCACCCCCACUCCUAUACAUUAACCAUAACACACUUUAAUUUAUUUAUUUUUUGCCCUUUUAAACUCAAUAACCUUUUGCUAAUUAAUUUCCUCACUAAUUAAACAUACCUUCUAUAUAUAUAAGUUAUUUACACACUUUUUUUUUUUCUUUCUGCAUGGAUAUGCCACAAGGUGACGGCGGGGCGUCCGAGAACCGGCGGAGGGGGCCCGGAAGGAGGAGCUCCUCCGGGCACGGAGGCGAGGCGGGGGCCGAUGGUGGUGCCGCCCAAGCUCCGGCCACCGCACCGUGCGGUGCGUGCAAGUUCUUGAGGAGGAAGUGCGUGAGCGGGUGCAUAUUCGCACCGCAUUUCGGGUCGGACCAGGGGGCCGCCCGUUUCGCGGCGGUGCAUAAGGUGUUUGGGGCGAGUAAUGUGUCGAAGCUUCUGACGCACAUCCCGGCAAACAGGCGGCAGGACGCGGUGGUGACCAUCUCGUACGAGGCUCAGGCCAGGCUCUCCGACCCGGUUUACGGCUGCGUGUCCACUAUCAUUGCUCUGCAGCAGCAGGUGGCAUCACUACAAGCAGAGCUGUCAGUAGUGCAAACUCAGCUAAUAAACAGCAGAUUUGUUUUGGCAAACACACUUCAUCAUCAAAAUUCGCCACAUCUGCAAAAUCAGCACCAAACACAGCACCAUAUUAUUAAUAGUAAUAAUGAUAAUAAUAUUGGUGCAGCUUAUUCCAACACUUCUUCUGCUUCAAACUGCAAUAAUCUGAUUAGCAACUUGCAUCAUAACAACAAUAGCACUUUUAGCACCAACUUUGCAGAAACUGCACCUUCCAACAACAGUUUCGACCCCGUUAAUCUUCAUCUGUCGGGCCGGGCCCUACAAGACGAAGACGAAGAAGAGGAUGAGAGCCACGAUCCUGCUGUUGCAUUCGCCAAUCACAUUUUUCGCUAAUAUAAUUCAAUGUAAUAAUUAUUAGUGUAGCCUACCUAUAUAUAUAUGAUCUUAAACAAUAAAUUAAUGUUCGUUUUCGAGUUUUUUUUUCCGGAUAAAUUUAUUUCUAGCCGCUUACGGAGUAUCUAUCACAAUGCCGGCCUUGUGGGCAAGCCACACAUGCGGUCUUAAUUACGACC